CGUGAGGGGCGACGUUUCGCGCCAAUUUCGGUUGGUCCGCAGCAGCCCGCCGCGCGUACGUUUUCUGCCGUCCCGGGAGUGAGAUCUUUGAACCUGCCAACUGCUGCCGCACGGGCGAUGGCAGUUAAGGACUAUGUGCUCGAGAAAGAAAAGGUUAAAAAGUUUCUGCAAGAGUUUUACCAGGAUGAUGAAUUUGGCAAGAAGCAAUUCAAGUACGGGAACCAAUUGGUUCGGCUGGCUCAUCGGGAACAAGUGGCAAUGUACAUAGACCUAGAUGAUGUAGCAGAGGACGACCCUGAGUUGGUGGACUCCAUUUGUGAGAAUGCCAGGCGCUACACAAGGCUCUUUGCUGAUGCUGUGCAAGAGCUGCUUCCUCAGUACAAGGAGAGAGAGGUGACUAAUAAAGACGUCCUGGAUGUUUACAUUGAACAUCGGUUGAUGAUGGAGCAGCGGAGCCGGGACCCUGGGGCAGCCCGAAGCCCGCAGAACCAGUACCCUCCUGAGCUCAUGCGAAGAUUUGAGCUGUACUUUCAAGGGCCAAGCAGUAACAAGCCUCGCGUGAUACGGGAAGUACGGGCUGACUCUGUGGGGAAAUUGGUAACUGUGCGUGGAAUCGUCACUCGUGUCUCCGAAGUCAAACCCAGAAUGGUGGUGGCCACUUAUACUUGUGACCAGUGUGGGGCAGAGACCUACCAGCCGAUCCAGUCCCCUACUUUCAUGCCCCUGAUCAUGUGUCCCAGCCAGGAGUGCCAGACCAACCGCUCAGGAGGACGGCUAUAUCUGCAGACACGUGGCUCCAAAUUCAUCAAAUUCCAGGAGAUAAAGAUGCAGGAACAUAGUGACCAAGUGCCUGUGGGGAACAUUCCCCGUAGCAUCACAGUGCUGGUAGAAGGAGAGAACACAAGGAUCGCCCAGCCUGGGGACCACGUCAGUGUCACUGGCAUCUUCUUGCCGAUCCUGCGCUCUGGGUUCCGACAGGUGGUGCAGGGUCUCCUCUCAGAAACUUACCUGGAAGCUCAUCGGGUCGUGAAGAUGAGCAAGAGUGAGGAUGACGAGUCUGCGGCCGGAGAGCUGAGCAGGGAGGAGCUGAGGCGAAUUGCAGGUGAGGGGCCUGGCGAAGCCUGGGAACAUAGGUUCCUUCCCAGCAUCCCCAUCCCGCUCCCAAUGGUCUGUAUAAACUUCUGUGCAGAGGAAGAUUUCUAUGAGAAGCUGGCCGCCUCCAUCGCCCCGGAGAUCUAUGGGCAUGAAGACGUGAAGAAGGCCCUGCUGCUCCUGCUGGUGGGAGGGGUGGACCAGUCUCCUCGGGGCAUGAAGAUCAGGGGCAACAUCAACAUCUGCCUGAUGGGGGAUCCAGGUGUGGCCAAGUCUCAGCUUCUGUCUUACAUCGAUCGCCUGGCGCCCCGUAGCCAGUACACAACGGGCCGGGGCUCCUCAGGAGUGGGGCUCACGGCGGCUGUGCUGAGGGACUCCGUGACUGGAGAGCUGACCUUGGAGGGGGGGGCCCUCGUGCUGGCUGACCAGGGGGUGUGCUGUAUCGACGAGUUUGACAAAAUGGCUGAGGCUGACCGCACGGCCAUCCACGAGGUCAUGGAGCAGCAGACCAUCUCCAUUGCCAAAGCCGGCAUUCUCACCACGCUCAAUGCCCGCUGUUCCAUCCUGGCUGCCGCCAAUCCUGCCUAUGGGCGCUACAACCCUCGCCGCAGCCUGGAGCAGAACAUACAGCUUCCUGCUGCACUGCUCUCCCGAUUCGACCUUCUCUGGCUGAUCCAGGACCGGCCUGACCGAGACAAUGACCUACGGUUGGCCCAGCACAUCACGUAUGUGCACCAGCACAGCCGCCAGCCGCCAGCCCAGUUUGAACCUCUGGACAUGAAGCUGAUGAGGCGCUACGUAGCCAUGUGCCGGGAGAAGCAGCCCACAGUGCCAGAGUCUCUGGCGGACUACAUCACAGCCGCAUACGUGGAGAUGAGGCGGGAAGCUUGGGCCAGCAAGGACGCCACCUACACCUCCGCCCGGACGCUGCUGGCGAUCCUGCGGCUGUCCACUGCUCUGGCACGGCUGCGGAUGGUGGACAUGGUAGAGAAGGAAGAUGUGAACGAAGCCAUACGGCUAAUGGAGAUGUCCAAGGACUCGCUUCUGGGUGACAAGGGGCAAACGGCGAGGACCCAGAGACCGGCAGAUGUGAUAUUUGCCACGGUCCGGGAGUUGGUCUCAGAGGGCCGAAGUGUCCGGUUUUCAGAAGCGGAGCAGCGCUGCAUCUCCCGUGGCUUCACACCUGCCCAGUUCCAGGCGGCUCUAGAUGAGUAUGAGGAGUUAAACGUCUGGCAGGUUAAUACUGCCCGGACACGGAUCACUUUUGUUUGAGUCCAACCAGCUUGAGACCCUGGGGUCCACUCUGCGUCCCGUGUGCCGACCCACCCCUUCCUGGAACGGUCUGAUGAUGCCUUUGCAGGGAGAGGAGGGACCUGCUCUUUUCUCCUGAGCUGCACUUGUUUUAUUCUUUUUGCUAAUAAAGCAUGUGUAGGUUGCUGUA